AGUGGCAUUACGUGGUAAUAAGAAAAAUCAGACCACAUCUUUCGAUCCCCUUCUUCUUCUUCUUCUUCUGCUACUGCUGCUGAUUCUCUAUCAUCCAGUCUCCAAAGCAAACGUAAAAUUUCCCACCAAAACGAUGAACAAUCCAACCCAUUUCUCCUCAAUUUAGCACUCUCGUCAAACCCAUUUCUUUUCUAGUAUUGCCUUUAAUGGCCGCUUCAUCUCUUUCUCUUCUUCCAUCUCCCCUCACCUUUGAGCGUUUCUCUGCUUCUUCUUCUUCACCCUCAUCUUCUUCCUUCUUCCAUGGUGGAACCCAACUCAGGUUCCACAAAAACUUCCUCUCUGUGCAUUCCUAUUCCUUUAACUCUUCUCCUUCUUCUCCCAAUUCCCGAUUUAAUAAAAGGGUCUCUUCGAGACGACGCCUAGGACUUGUUGUUUGUGCUUCUGGAGAUUAUUAUGCCACUCUCGGCAUCCCAAAAUCUGCUAAUAGUAAGGAAAUUAAGGCCGCUUAUCGGAAAUUGGCUCGUCAGUAUCACCCAGACGUCAAUAAAGAACCUGGGGCAACUGAGAAGUUUAAAGAGAUCAGUGCUGCUUACGAGGUUCUUUCAGAUGAUAAGAAGCGGGCUUUGUAUGAUCAAUAUGGCGAAGCUGGUGUUAAGAGUACAGUAGGAGGUUCUAGUGCUUAUACGACUAAUCCAUUUGAUUUAUUUGAGACAUUUUUUGGACCAAGCAUGGGAGGAUUUGGUGGUAUGGAUCCAACUGGGUUCCGCACGCGUCGUAGCAGUACCCUUACUAAGGGUGAAGACAUACGUUAUGACAUCAAUUUAGGAUCUUCUGAAGCCAUAUUUGGAUCAGAGAAAGAAUUUGAGCUGUCCCAUCUGGAAACAUGUGAAGUCUGCACUGGUACUGGAUCUAAAGUAGGCUCCAAAAUGAGGAUUUGCUCAACAUGUGGAGGGAGAGGUCAAGUUAUGAGAACUGAGCAAACACCUUUUGGCUUGUUUUCUCAGGUCUCUGUUUGUCCAAAUUGUGGUGGCAAUGGUGAGGUCAUAUCUGAUUUCUGUCGGAAGUGUUCUGGUGAAGGGCGUAUCCGUGUUAAGAAAAACAUCAAGGUUAAAGUUCCUCCAGGAGUCAGUGCAGGCAGUAUCCUAAGAGUUGCAGGAGAAGGUGAUGCUGGACCCAGAGGGGGCCCUCCAGGAGAUCUUUUUGUGUAUCUUGAUGUUGAAGAGAUACCUGGAAUUCAAAGAGAUGGCAUCAACCUUUACUCAACAAUAGCUAUAAGUUAUCUGGACGCCAUUAUGGGAUCUGUUGUCAAGGUAAAGACGGUUGAAGGUAUGGCUGAACUUCAAAUUCCGCCUGGUACUCAGCCUGGUGAUGUUCUUGUUCUUGCGAAGAAAGGUGUCCCAAAACUAAAUAAGCCAUCAAUUCGAGGCGACCACUUAUUCACAAUCAAAGUAACCAUACCAAAUCGUAUCAGUGAAAAAGAGCGAGAAUUGCUUGAAGAACUCGCUUCACUUAGCAACAAUGCUGGGACUGGGAGCCGUUUCAGAACUCGCCAAAAAUCGCAACCACAACCAACUAAAAUGAUUGCGUUUGCAGAUACAAUUACAGAAAAUGAGGUCAAGACAGUUGCUAAUAGUACUGAAUCUGCUGAUGAUGGAGACUCGAACGAUAUAUGGAAAAAAGUACAAGAUUUUGCUGGGUCUGUAGCGCAAGGAGCUCUAAAAUGGCUGAAAGAUAACCUUUAGGCAGUCUCGAGUUUGGCUUCGGCUCUGGUUGAAACCUAACUAAACAAGUCUUUGUUCAACCUUCUUGGCUCUAGAUCUCUACUCCUACCCAAAAAUGGCUCAAAGACACUUUCUGGCAAUUUUCGUGAGUUGUUUCUUCAUGCGUCCUCCAGGGGUGACCAUUGUGCUCAGAGUGGAUGUUCAUAACUUGCAUAGAGUUGAGUGUUUUUUGUCUCAUUAGUUGAUGGUAUCGAUCAGAAUUACAUUUCAAACUAUAUUCAUUUAUAAUAAUUCAAAGCAUUAGAAAAAUAAAUGAUUUAACUUAUUGAGAAUGGAAUUUUGUCCACUGAAAAAUGGAGAAGAGGCCAUUUCGAAAUUGAAGUUGAAAUUGAGAUAUCUAUGCAUCCUA